UGAUUUCCUCCUCUUUCUUCUCGCUCUCUCUUAUUACGUUUCUUUAGAUUUUUCUCAGAGGUUUUCUCGGGAAAAUAAUUUUAUUAUAUAUAUAUCUGAGAAGAAGAUUCGGGAGAUAGAGAUCUGAACAGUCUCUAAUGGGAACGCUUCAGUCAUGGCGAAGAGCUUACGGAGCCCUAAAAGACACCACCAAAGUCGGACUUGUCCGCGUCAAUAGCGAUUACGCCGAAUUAGAUGUUGCCAUAGUGAAAGCUACUAACCAUGUCGAGUGUCCUCCCAAAGAUCGUCAUCUCAGGAAAAUAUUCCUUGCAACAUCAGCAGUUCGGCCUCGAGCAGAUGUUGCUUACUGCAUUCAUGCUCUCUCUCGACGAUUGCACAAAACCAGAAACUGGACGGUUGCACUGAAAGCACUACUUGUCUUACACCGGCUUUUGAGGGAUGGUGAUCCCACCUUUAGAGAGGAGCUACUGAAUUUUAACCAAAAAGGACGCAUUAUGCAGAUUUCUAAUUUCAAAGAUGAGUCGAGCCCAAUCGCCUGGGAUUGUUCAGGGUGGGUACGCACUUAUGCUUUAUUUCUUGAGGAACGGCUUGAAUGCUUCAGAGUUUUGAAAUAUGACAUUGAAGCUGAACGUCUUCCAAAAGUUUCCCCAGGACAGGAGAAGGGUUAUAGUAAAACAAGGGAUUUAGAUGGUGAAAAACUCCUGGAACAGUUACCAGCGUUACAGCAGCUUCUGCAGCGUCUCAUUGGUUGUAAGCCAGAAGGUGCUGCGAAGCACAAUCAUAUAAUUCAAUAUGCACUCGCUCUGGUGUUGAAGGAGAGCUUCAAAGUCUAUUGCGCCAUCAAUGAAGGAAUCAUAAAUCUAGUAGAAAAGUUCUUUGAAAUGCCAAGGCAUGAGGCCAUCAAGGCCCUUGAAAUAUACAAGCGCGCGGGUCUGCAGGCUGGCAAUCUUUCUGAUUUUUAUGAAGUCUGCAAAGGAUUAGAACUUGCAAGGAAUUUCCAGUUUCCUGUUUUAAGAGAGCCUCCACAAUCUUUUCUUACAACAAUGGAGGAGUAUAUGAGAGAUGCACCUCAAAUGGUCGACGUCACAUCUGGGCCACUGCUUCUGACCUAUACGCCGGAUGAGGGGAUUAAUCCUGAAGAUGUUGAACCUUCGGAUGCAGAACAUGGACCAUCAUUGCCUUCUUAUAGUACUGCUGGUCCCUCUGAAGAGACUCAGCCUUCUUCCCAGCCUCCUCCUUCAGCAGAAACUCCACAAAAUAUCAUUGAUACAGAUGAUUUAUUGGGUCUGAAUGAUGAUACACCUGAUCCGUUAGAAAUCCUAGACCAAAAUGCACUUGCUUUGGCCCUAGUUUCCACUGAUGAUGAUUCUUCGACGUUUGGUUUUGGUCAAGUAAGAGAUUUGGAUUCGUCAGGAUGGGAGCUUGCCUUGGUCACAACGCCUAGCAAUGAUAUAUCUGCAGCCACUGAGAGACAAUUGGCGGGUGGCUUAGACACGCUCACCCUGAACAGUCUAUACGAAGAUGGAGCCUACAGAGCUGCCCAACAGCCUGCCUAUGGCACUCCAGCUCCCAAUCCAUUUGAGGUCCAAGACCAGUUUGCAUUUUCGAACAGUGCUCCGCCGCCUUCAGAUGCAAACAACCCAUUUGGUCUCUAUCAGCCAACCUAUCAUCAACAACAGCAGCAACCACAGCUUCAGGUUGCACCCAGCGCUGCAAAUCCUUUUGGUGAUUUUGAGGAAUUUCCAAUAGUCCCGGUUUCAGAACCACAAAGCACCAGCUUUGGGGCAUUUCCAGUAAUCCCAGUGUCAGAACCAUCAAAUACCACCAGCUUUGGGGAAUUUCCAGUAGUCGCGGUUUCAGAACCAGAAAACACCUCUUUUGGGACAUUUCCAGUAAUCCCAGUGUCAGAACCGUCAAACACCACUGGCUUUGGGGAAUUUCCAGCAUUCGCGGUUUCAGAACCGCCAAACACCUCCGCUUUUGGGGCAUUUCCAGUAAUCCCAGUUUCAGAACCGUCUAACACCAGCGGCUUUGGGGAAAUUCCAGUAGUCGAGGUUUCAGAACCACAAAACACCAAUGGUUUUGGGGCGUUUCCAGUACUCCCAGUUUCAGAACCGCCAAACACAACAGGUUUUGGGUCAUUUCCUGUAGUCCAGGUUUCAGAACCGUCAAUCACAGCAGGUUUUGGGGCAGUACCAGUAAUACCGGUUUCAGAAUCAUCAAAAAGCACCGGUUUUGGGGAACUCCCAGUAAUCCCCGUUUCAGAAGCGCAGAGCACCACAGGUUUUGGGGAAUAUCCGGUAAAUGGAGGUGCUCAUCAACAACAUAACCGCAACAACCCCUUCGGCAGCACUGGCUUCUUGUGAUUAGCUUCUUGGUGUAUGUUUCAAAUGCUCUUCUCCAUUCGUUUCAUAUGAGUAACAAUAGAAUCACAUCAUCUGAGUUAUUUCGAGUCUUGCAAAUCUUGGUCUGCUUAUAUAUAAGAGAAAGGACUCGGGGUGAAUAUAAAAAAUGUAAAAUUCACUUUUACUUUCUUUAAAAGAAGAUGAAAGAAAUUAUUCGUGUGAUAAAUAAAUUUUGAAUUAUGACUAGCAAAAUAAUGUCAUAAUGUGUAUAUA